CCCUUUAGAUUUGUCUGCAGCUUAUAGAAAAGGGAAUCAGAUCAUGAACCUAAAUCUUGAGCAGUUUGCACAAAUGUUUGAAAAUUCUUUCUUGUCACCAGAGCAGCAAGGUAUUGAUUUUACAUCUUAUACAUUAAACAAAGUUCGUAUGGAUCCAAGCCAAUCCAACCGCAUGCCAGAAGACCAAUUUAAGUAUGUCAUUGACCUUUCAUGUCACAACAAAGACUCUCAGGGUCCUCAGUGGAAUAGCCAAGUAAAUAGAAGAUUUCUGGCUCAAAAGGUUGCUGUUUCCUUGAAUUCCACCGCUACUGUGAGAUCAAACCAGCAGAUACUUUACAAAUGUUAUCAGCCCAGCCAGCAACGUCGUCCAUCCACUGGUGUUACUGUGAAACAUGUUGAUGAUGUGUCAGAAGAAGACUGGAGGAAGAUAGUUGCACCGGGAGAAGCACAACCAAAUCGUCAGGUCAAAAAGAUUUCUUCCCUCCUAUCAUCUGCUGUGGGCAAAAAUACUUCAGUUGAAUCAAUACGGACUAUCUUAUCUUCUUCUAAUCAAAGAGACCCUGACAAUACAACAGAUAAGCAUUCUAAAAAUUUGUUUUCAUCUGGCUUACAAAGUUUGAAGACAAAGUUCAUCAAAGAAGAAAGUACAUCUGGAAGUUCACCAAAAGAUGCAGAGGGACGAAUUCUCCCCACACUUUCAACGGCGAAUCAUGUGACCACUUCACCAAAACAAUCUCAUACCAAUUCACAGAAACCUAGGUUGCCACGGCAAAUCUCAACAGAGACCCCCACAGUGCCUUUGGGAUCAAAAGAAUCUCAAAUUAAAGAUGGGAUCCCUCAAUUUGCAGCUGAGAAACCAGUGGAUAUAACAGUUGAGAAAACCUUUGAGCAACCAGGCUUCAUGAAUUUUCUAAAAUCUGCAGUUGGCAUCGAGGAACCCAAGCAAGAGUCGCAGAAAGUUUCACAGACAUCUGUCAAAGGGCAAAUCAAAAUCGGUAACGCUGCUUCUACACAAGCAGGUGCUGGCCCAAAUAAAGAGCCUACAGGAGUAUCAAAUAUAUUUGGAUCAAUUAGCAGCUUAUUUAAUAGUGAUCCCUCUACGCCACAGAGCAAGGACACACCCAGGCAAACUGCAGCAAGAACGAAGGGUAUACAGAGACAGCAAACACUGAACCAAAGCAGCGGAUCUGGUCCAGAAAAAGAACUCCCCUUCAAAAAAUCUGAAGCAUUCACUUCCACUGUCAAGGACAUUUCUGUAACCCAAUCGGAAGCGACAUCACUAUCUGAACGGACAAAACAAGAAAGCAAAACAAAACCCUCUGGUGGCCUGUUUGGAUUUUCAAUUGGAGAAAUUUUAACAGGAACAACAGCAGCAACACAGUCUGGAUCUACAACUCAAACAAACAAGUCAGCUCCAAAAGAAGAGUCAUUCAGUAAAAGUUUAUUAUCAGUGUUUAGUGGCUCAAAUCCACCACAAUCUCCACAUAGCACUGGGCCUUCUCAAGCAAAUGCCCCAAACACUACUCAACAUUUUCCUCGAGUCGAAUCUCCUGGUAAAGGUUCAUCAACAAUUUCUGGAGCCUCACGCUCCACACUCCCUCCUUCUCAAAGAGAGCCCAGUGAUGAGGUGCCACAACAGAAAAAUAGUCUUCCAAAAGAACAGCAGACAGGUUUUUUUUCAUUGUUUGGUGGUACAAACACUCAACAGUCUCAAUCUCAAACAGGAUCUCUUUUAGGGGGAAUUAUUUCUGGAUCAUCAAGUUCAACCGAAAACCCAGUGAAGGGCCUGUUUUCAAUAUUUAGCGAUUCCAGUCCUUCUGCGGCCCAGUCCCCAAUUGCCUCAUCUCCACAACAAAAAAUAGUUCAUCCGCAAGCUCAACAACACAGAGGAGCUCAAACACAAUCAAAGCACCAGCCUCAUGAACAGGGGCAACAUUCCACAUCUGUUCUGGGAGGGUUAUUGGAUGGGUUGUCUACCUCAAGUGAAGGUCCCAGAAAAUCAUUGUUCUCCAUGUUUAGUACCCCAAAUGCCUCUCAAACACCAAGAGCAGGAGGACAUACAGCUGCACCAGCCAAAGAACCUUGUAAAACCAAACCUGCUGUUGUAUCAGACAUUGGGGCACCUACACAAUCAACUCCUAAAUUGUCACCUAUCAUUAAGUCUUCCAGCAAGGAGCCACUGCAGUCUUCGCAAGGUCCAUCUGUGUUGAGCACCUUGGUUCGAGAAAAUAUAAGUGAAGUUUCAAGUUCAGGGAGCAAUGAAAAAAAUGACUCAAACGAACUCCAAUCUAUUACAAGGAAGGCAACUUUGAAUCACAGCACUUGUGCUGGUUUUGAAAUUGAAUGCACUGAUAUUUCAUCAACCGACGCAAAUUCUGAAUCUACAGCUGUCCUGAAGCCAACAAUCACGAAUAGUGCACCUGAGUACCUUGCUCGCCUUGAGGAACCGCCAGCUCUGUCUAUGAUCCGGGAACCAGGUCAGGGAUCUUCAAAAACAGAAUCAAUUUCAGACAGUCCAGCGAAAGGCUUGCUUUCAUUAUUUUCUGGUCUUACUAGUGAAUCUACUAGUGAAAGCCAAAAAACUCCAUCUCCUGCAGCAAAAACAUCUGAGCCCAAGGAUGCACAAGCUAAAAGUAUAUUUUCUGUGUUUGGCACAUCCACACCGCAACCCGGAUCUCCGUCAGGAGGUUCUCUAUUAGGUACUAUGUUUGGAGGCUCAUCAUCUCAAACUGCUUCUUCUCAGCCUGGAGGAUCAUUACUCGGCGGUUUAUUUGGAGGCCCUACUCAGCAAUCUACUCAGCAGACUGCACCAACUAAGACUAGUGGUUCUGUUCCUCAGACCGCAGGAACUCAAGCAGGGGAAUCCUUUAUUGGAGGUUUAUUUGGUGGAUCUUCUACUCGGACAGCUGGAUCUCAGACUGGAGGGUCCAUUUUAGCUGGCAUAUUUGGAGCUCCAGUAGUAUCAUCCACAGCAACACAGGCUAGUGGGACAUUGGGUGGACUCUUUGGUAGGGCUACCACACAAAACAUUGUACCUCAAAAUAAUAGCUCUGUAGUGGAAGCUAGUCUGGGAAGAUCAGCUACUGAACAGACUACUGACCGUUUUCCUGACGCCUCAGUUCCAGCUGAAUUAGUCAGAAAUUUGCCUUCAACGUUGAAAGAUUCUCUUCCACCUGCAUCGUGUGCACAAACAGUUACCCCAAAUUUAAAUAAUAGCAAAAACCCCACUCCUGUUUCUGAACCUGCUCCGUGUGGAUCAUUAACACAAAGAGAUGGUCAUGACAAUAACACAGUCCAAGCUUCAGGUUGUGACGAAUCUUCAACAAUUGUCACUGUCCCUCAAAUUGAAGAACAACCAGAAACAUUACAGAAAACUACCAUUACAGACUUGGUUCCGGUAGAAAGGGUACUUUUAAAACAUGGCAACAUAGAUGACCAUUGUGAUAAAACAGACAAACCAGCAGUAGCAGAUAAUGCUGCUGAAUAUGAAACUUGUAUUCUAAAGCAAGAACCUGCAGCAACUACCAUUGUAAAAGAUAAGUCUACUGAAGAUAAAACGCCACCUAAAAAUGAAGAGGAGAUGUUACUUCCACCCAUGAUUGAGGUACAACAAAAGACAGCAGCGGUGGACAAACAAGUUGGGAAUUCAUCAACAGAAACAGUCACAAGCUUUAUGUCCUCCCUUUUUAAACCAGUAAUGUCCUCUGAUGCAGGGCCUCAGCCUCAAGAGAAAAGUUCCCCUUUUGGAUUCGGAGGAUUAGCUCCCCAAGCUGCUGCUAGCCAACAUGGAGCUUCACUAUUUGGGAGUAUUUUUGGUGUUUCCACUACUCAGUCAGCACCUCCCCACUCAGGUGUAAAUGUAUCUGGAAAUUUAAACAAGGGCCCUGAUCCCCAGUCUAACACUGACAGUCGUGCAACAACUUCUGGAGGGUCGAUUUUUGGAAUGUUCAGUGGACAAGCCACUAUAAAGCCAAAUGUUCCAAAGACUAGUGGGCCAUUACUGGGUGGGCUGUUUGGAGGGACUGCCAGAGCAGCACAGUCUGGUGGUUCUUUCCUUGGAGGAAUGUUUGGAGGGCUCACGGCCCAGGCUGCAGGAUCACAAACUGGAACAGCAGUUCUUGGGGAUAAUCAGAGGGCUACAUUUAAGGGGAUGGGACAGCCACCCAAGACACCCGAAUCACUGCUAAAUGAGCAGAAACCAAAACCUAUUACUACCCGACAACCACAUGUUACAAAAGACAACUUGGCAACAAAUGGUACUCUGACAGAUUCAAAUCAAGUUGUCGACUCCAAUCAAGUACAUUGCACUAAGGAGGAAUCCAACACCAUUUUAAGUAACAAUGAAGUGUCACCUGAGGCUGCUCAUCCAGACACCACAACACCCACAAGUAAAUGUGAACUCAUUUCCCAAAUUGAUGACACAAAGAAUGAAAUGUCAACCGUUACGGAAAACAUUCAAGAGAACCCCAUUCUCAACAAGGAACAGUCUCGAUGUGAAGGUGACUUAUCUGUCCCAAAAAAUAAUUCAAAUACAGCCCAACCUGUUCAUAAUUUUCAAAAAGAUGCAGAACCAGCUCAAGCGAAGUCUUUGUUCGGUUUCACAUCAACACAGAGUGAUGCAGGAAAAUCAAUUGGAUCUUUAUUUUCACCAGCAGUGACAUCUGCUUCUUCAGCAAGUCCUCAAACAGAAGCAGGCAGUUCUCUUUUUUCAGGAUUAAAAACAUUAUCUGGUGGUCUUUUUCAAGAAGAAAAAACUAUUACUCCUUCAUUAUUUCGGACAAAGAUGGGAUUUCCCUGGCAAACAGAACCAGUAAAGCAAGCCACUCCCUCAGUAAUAACAUCUCAGCCAAAGAAUAGUAGCAAGCCAACAAGUGCUGAAACGCCUCAAGCGCAAAACGUUUUGACAUCUGAUGCCCCAAAAGGUGAAUCGGUAGGUUCCGCAGAUAAAGUAGCCAAACUCCAGAUAUGCAUUUCCAGCCUCGAACUAGAUUCCCCACCAUUCUUGACCUUAAAAGAUACCAAAAUGCUUGUAGAAACAAACCCUUCUGCAGGUACUACUAAUGAAGAGCCAUUGGACAACCAGUCAAAGAGGAAUCUGUUGAAUUCAAAAAGUCCAGCAGAAAGUAGUCGGUUUGGGUCAUCAGGAAACCUAAGUCAGACCAGCUCUCAGCUGAGUGAGAUCGGUCACGAAAGCACUGGAGGCUCUGAACUCGAAGAAUCCUUCCACUCCUAUCACAGCACGAGCAUCUAUCCCUCCUCAAUCGGACUUUUGACAACCAACGCACAGUCUGCCGUUGGCCAAAAGGUUCUAGCUCAGCCGUCCUUCGACACGCGACAACACUUGCAAAAUGAAACUCCAACAGAGAAAGUGUUCUCAAAACUUCAAAGGUUUCAUGAUGAAGGGUCACCCUUACCGUUUUCUCCAUCCAGAGUUCGUUGGUUGAGGGCGAUCAAUAAAGUCAGGGUUCAACUUCGUGAGGUUUGUCAUGACGAAUCCAGUGUAAGACAGGCCUGGGUAAAACCAAGUGGUGGACCGGGGCUUUAUGGGAUUGACAGCAUGCCAGACCUUCGUAAAAAGAAGCCUAUCGCCUUGGUUAGCGAUGUGUCCCUUGUCCAAGCUCGUAAGGCAGGCAUCGCAUCGGCGAUGGCUGCGCGAUCUUCCAUCAAGGAUGAGGAGCUGAAAAACCAUGUGUACAAGAAAACCCUUCAAGCGCUGAUCUACCCAAUAUCAUGCACCACACCACAUAACUUUGAAGUGUGGACCGCCACAACACCCACAUAUUGUUAUGAGUGUGAGGGGCUGCUGUGGGGAAUUGCGCGACAAGGCGUCCGCUGCUCAGAGUGUGGUGUCAAGUGUCACGAAAAGUGUCAGGAACUGCUGAAUGCUGACUGUCUGCAACGCGCUGCCGAGAAGAGUUCUAAACAUGGUGCUGAGGACCGCACUCAGAAUAUCAUCAUGGCAAUGAAGGACAGAAUGAAGAUCAGGGAAAGGAACAAACCUGAAAUUUUUGAACUUAUCAGGGAAGUUUUUAUUAUCAGCAAAACUCUUCAUUCUCAGCAGAUGAAGGCAAUCAAACAAAGCGUACUAGAUGGUACGUCAAAGUGGUCUGCUAAGGUCACUAUCACAGUUGUUUGUGCCCAAGGACUUCAGGCAAAGGAUAAGACAGGAUCCAGUGAUCCGUAUGUCACAGUGCAGGUGGGCAAGACAAAGAAGAGGACCAAGACCAUCUAUGGCAACCUCAAUCCAGUGUGGGAGGAGAAAUACCACUUUGAAUGCCACAAUUCAUCAGACAGAAUCAAGGUGCGGGUGUGGGAUGAGGAUGAUGACAUCAAGUCAAGAGUGAAGCAACGUCUUAAGAGAGAAUCUGAUGAUUUCCUUGGCCAGAGUAUUAUUGAAGUCCGAACACUGAGUGGAGAAAUGGAUGUCUGGUACAAUCUGGAGAAGAGGACAGACAAGUCAGCCGUGUCAGGGGCUAUCCGCCUGCAAAUCAACGUGGAGAUCAAGGGGGAGGAGAAGGUGGCGCCAUACCAUGUGCAGUAUACCUGUUUGCAUGAGAACCUGUUCCACCACUCUACAGAUAUCCAUGGACAUGGUGUGGUGAAAAUCCCAGAGGCACGCGGAGACGACGCAUGGAAAGUUUACUUUGAUGACGUGCCACAAGACAUCGUGGAUGAGUUUGCCAUGCGUUACGGAAUCGAAUCAAUUUACCAGGCCAUGACGCACUUUGCUUGCCUGUCUUCUAAAUACAUGUGCCCCGGGGUUCCUGCGGUGAUGAGCACACUGCUCGCCAACAUCAACGCCUUCUACGCUCACACAACUGCCUCCACCAAUGUGUCCGCCUCAGACCGUUUUGCGGCCUCCAAUUUUGGGAAAGAACGCUUUAUUAAGCUUCUCGACCAGUUGCACAACUCCUUGCGCAUUGACCUCUCUACGUACAGGAACCACUUCCCUGCCAGUAACAAAGAUCGCCUCCAGGAUUUAAAAUCCACCGUGGAUCUUUUAACCAGCAUCACAUUCUUCAGAAUGAAGGUCCAGGAGUUACAGUCUCCACCGAGAGCCAGCCAAGUUGUUCGAGACUGUGUCAAGGCUUGUCUCAACUCCACCUAUGACUACAUCUUCAAUAACUGCCAUGAUCUGUACAGCCAACAGUACCAACCUGUGGAAAUGAGCAAGGAAGAUGUCUCUUUGGAGGAUCAAGGUCCGAGUAUCAAGAACUUGGACUUCUGGCCCAAGCUCAUUAUGCUCAUUGUCUCCAUCAUUGAAGAGGACAGGAACUCCUACACCCCAGUGCUGAACCAGUUUCCUCAAGAAUUGAAUGUCGGGAAGGUAUCAGCUGAAGUCAUGUGGUCAUUGUUUGCGCAAGAUAUAAAGUAUGCUAUGGAAGAACAUGAAAAAAACAGACUGUGUAAAAGUACUGACUACAUGAACCUGCACUUUAAAGUGAAAUGGCUCUACAAUGAAUAUGUCAAGGAGCUACCCAACUUCAAAGGCGUGGUUCCAGAUUACCCAUCAUGGUUCUUGCCAUUUGUGCUGCAGUGGUUGGAUGAAAAUGAGGAUGUAUCAAUGGAAUUUAUGCACGGAGCCCUUGAGAGAGACAAAAAAGAUGGGUUCCAGCAAACGUCUGAGCACGCUCUCUUUUCCUGCUCUGUGGUGGACAUCUUUACCCAGCUCAACCAAAGCUUUGAGAUCAUCAAGAAACUGGAAUGCCCCGACCCUAAUGUCAUGGCACAAUACAGCCGCCGCUUCUCCAAAACGAUUGCCAAAGUUCUUUUGAAGUACAGUGCCAUUCUUGACAAGAGUUUUCCUUCCUACGUUGACAAAGAGAAAAUCCCCUGCGUCCUGAUGAAUAACGUGCAACAAUUGCGAAUCCUGUUGGAGAAGAUGUUUGAGUGCAUGGGUGCCAAACAGCAAAAGCAUUUGAUAGAAGAGGAAGAGGAAAUAGCCAAAGAAGAGCAGGCGAUCACUGCCCAUGAGGACGCAGUGGCUCUGUGUCAGUUUGCGGAGAGUGAGGACGAAGAAGAGGAAAUAAGGGAGGAAGGGGACAAUAUUCAGGUUGAGACUGACAGGGAGAAGCUGGAUACUCCAGUAGAGAAGAUGGACACUGAGGCAAGUGAUCUGCUGAACAGCCUGCAAGUGAAGCUCAACAGCGUGCUGGAUGAGCUCAGCGGUACAUUUGGGAACAGUUUCCAGAGCCGCAUCAAUGACUGCGUGCGUCAGAUGGCGUCUUUGCUAUACCAGAUAAAAGGGCCGCUCAACACCAACACGAAAAGCCAAGUGGAGGCCGACUCUGAUAACAUGCUCCGGCCACUUAUGGAUUUCCUGGAUGGGAAGUUGACGCUGUUUGCAACCAUUUGCGAGAAGACUGUUUUGAAACGUGUGCUCAAGGAACUGUGGAGGAUUGUGAUGACCAAUCUGGAGAAGACUAUUAUCCUGCCCCAGGGCAAUGACACCUUCGGUGCGCAGAUACUCUCAGCUGCAAAAGAGCUCGGUCAACUUUCCAAACUCAAAGAUCAUAUGGCGGGGGAGGCAAAGAGCCUGUCUCCGAGGCAGUGUGCUGUGAUGGAUGUUGCACUGGACACGAUUAAGCAAUACUUCCACGCGGGAGGGAAUGGUCUGAAGAAGGCCUUCCUAGAAAAGAGUGCCGAACUGUCUUCACUUCGUCACACCCUGUCCCUCUACACUCAGACCACAGACACACUCAUCAAGACAUUUGUGACCAGUCAACAUGCACAAGUGCACAAUGGAAAGGGUAUUAGGUUAACUCCCAAUGAAAAAAUACAGCCCAGCAGGGGUUCAGGUGUGUCCAACCCGAUUGGAGAGGUGUCCGUCCAGGUUGAGCUCCACACUCAUCCUAAAAGUGGAGAACGCAAAGUUUCCGCCAAAGUUGUGGCAGCCACUGAUUUGAAGUGGCAGACCACUGGAAUGUUCCGGCCCUUUGUGGAGCUCACCAUGAUCGGACCGCACCUCAGUGACAAGAAACGUAAAUUCCAGACCAAAUCCAAGAACAACAGCUGGUCUCCCAAGUUCAACGAGAUCUUCUACUUCAUCCUUGGAAACCAGGAUGGUUUUGAGUGCUACGAGCUGCAAGUGUGCGUCAAGGACUACUGCUUCGGCCGAGCCGACCGGGUGGUGGGCUUAUCGGUGAUCCAGUUAAGAGACAUCAUGGAGAAGGGCAACUGUGCCUGCUGGUGCCCACUGGCUCAGUGCAUCAACAUGGACGACACAGGCCUCACCGCCAUGAGGAUCUUGUCGCAGCGCUCCAACGAUGACGUGGCGAAGGAAUUUGUACGCCUCAAGUCGGAAACCAGAUCAGCUGAAGAGGGCAAAUGAACUGAAUCUCCCAUUAACAGACUUUUCUCAACCGUCAACGUCAUUGACUGUUUGGUGGCACCUUAGCAAGAACACGUAUACGCGUUCCCAUUGGGAAGGCAUACAAACACACUUUGUGUUCCUCAUCCUCAAAUGUUUCACUUAAUUUAAUCAGCCUUUUUUUUUUCUUUUUAAAUCUCUCUCGGUAGCUGUUUGUGCACACCAUAUCCUCAAGGACUCCCAUCUCCACAGUGUUCUCCCAAAAAAUAACGCCCAGGCCUCUGCCUGCUUUGGCCGCCAAUUUUGAUGCCUUACACUCCAAGUCCAAAACUGUGAAUGUGUCAAAUGAAGUAAUUUGAAAUGCUCAAAAGUCCACGCUGGUGCUUUUGAGUAAUGUGAAGAUGACAAUCAGUUUCAUCUCAGCUCGGUGAGCAACUGUUCGGUGUCAAAGGUGAUCAAAUUUGAAGAAAAGCUCAUUUUACGACUGGGUGACUUGAAUAGGUGCCUUGUGCCAUUUGGAAGUGUUCAGACCACAAUAUGAAAUAUCCUUGGUUCCCUUCAGUACACAACAAUCUCAUCAGUAGUCGACUGAAAGUAUUUUUAAACUCCUCGUAUAGAUAUGCAAAGUGAAGUCACUCUUGGAAAGACGUUUUAUUUAUUUAUUUUUUUAACUAUUUAUUUUUUUAUGUGUCCAUGUUCCUAAGGAUAUGUUCAUGAACUUUGCACAGUUUUUGCUGCCGCCGUGUUGUUACAAGUUAUUUAUAGUGUGUGUGUGUGUGUGUGUGUGUGUGCACAUAAUUGAUAUUCAACAGAAAAAAAAUAAAACUUCUGAGUUGAUUCUGAAGUGUUUACGAACUGAUGGUUUACAUGUAGACGGGUGAUGAAUUACGAAGAGUCGGAGUGCGUAAACAAUAAACUGUAAUGCUUCCAUACAGGAAAUAUUUGGGAGACAUAGUCUUUAACUUUCACAGUCCACCUUUUUCAAAUCAAGGAAAACCCGUUAGAAAGCUUCCAGGUUUACAAAAAAAAAAAUGUGAAGAGUCCAUAUAGGUUUCCUCUUAAGUUCGUCGGCCAACCCGAUUUCUUGUUUUGUUCUGCUCAUGCUUUCUCCAGUUGCCUUACUGUGAUUGAACAUUGUUGUUGAUAUUUUGCACCAUGCGUUUUCUUUUGCUUCUCCGCUGUGAGGUUUUCUACCUCUUAGCCCAUUCCCAAGUUCCAAGUGAUAUUCCGCUCUCUUUUUGUUUUGUUUUUUACCUUCUAUUGUUUCUAUAUAUGCUAUAGCUACAUAUGUUUCAGUCUAUUAAUGGUGUGUGUGUGUGUGUGUAUUUUCUUUUUAAUUAUCUGGAAACAAUGCGAGUGCCAGAGGUUUUUAGUUUGAUGCUAACACUAAUCCUCGUGUGCCAUCAAGACGUUUUUAAAAUGGCAGUCGUAAUGAAGUAUUUUAUUACAAUAUGGCAACCUCAACAUUUGAGGCGCCUCAAUUUUUAACGAUGACCCGUAGAAAGGAAAUAGAUUAAAUAUUUUAUGUAAUACACUGUACAUGCUCCUUGUGCCAUUUUUGAAAAUUGUGUUUUCCUGCAUGUGUUAUGUUAUGUUCACUCCUUUGUGUGACUGCAAGAUUGAAUAUGUACAGUCCAGUUUAUGAAUUGAAUGUGGGAGAUUUUGUCAUUUUGUUGCCAUUGAAACAUCCCAAUUCGUUUUGUAUAAAGUACGUGUCUCUUGAAACGA